AUGGGAGAAGCACAAGCAGCAGCAGCGGCGGCCACCAUGGGAGAAGAUACCCAGAGCAAGGGGGCGGCAAUGGUGGUGGUGCCUGCGCCGCGGCCGCGCAAGGGGGUGGCGUCCUGGGCGGUCGACCUGCUCGAGCGGCUCGCCGUCCGCCUCCGUCACGACGACAAGAAAGCCGAGCCCAUCCCCUGGCUCUCCGGCAACUUCGCCCCCGUGCCGGACGAGACCCCGCCCGCCGCCGGCCUCCCCGUCCGCGGACACCUCCCGAAGUGCUUGAAUGGAGAAUUUGUCAGGGUGGGGCCUAACCCCAAGUUUGCCCCUCUUGCAGGGUAUCAUUGGUUUGUUUCUUACAGAAUGAUCCAUGCAAUGCGCAUUAAAGAUGGAAAAGCUACAUAUGUAUCAAGAUAUGUGAAGACUUCUCGCCUCGAGCAAGAAGAGUAUUUUGGUGGAGCAAAGUUUACCAAGAUUGGAGAUCUAAAGGGUGUUUUUGGAUUGUUUAUGGUUCUAACACAAGAACUUAGGAAGAAACUUAAAGUCUUAGAUGCUACUUACGGAAUUGGAACAGCUAAUACUGCGCUUAUAUAUCAUCAUGGCAAACUCAUGGCCCUGUCAGAAUCAGAUAAACCUUAUGUUGUUAAGAUCCUUGAAGAUGGAGACUUGCAAACUCUUGGUUUGUUGGAUUAUGACAAAAGGUUGAAACAUCCUUUCACUGCUCAUCCAAAGGUUGAUCCAUUCACAGAUGAAAUGUUCACCUUUGGGUAUUCGCAUGAACCUCCCUAUUGUACAUAUCGGAUCAUCACCAAGGACGGAAUUAUGCUUGACCCUGUGCCAAUAACAAUACCGGAAUCUGUAAUGAUGCAUGACUUUGCCAUUACAGAGAACUAUUCCAUAUUUAUGGACUUGCCAAUGUUUUUUCGACCAAAGGAAAUGGCGAAGAAUGGUGAAUUCAUCUACAAGUUUGAUCCUACAAAGAACGCUCGGUUUGGUAUACUCCAACGCUAUGAGAAGGACGAAAAGACCAUCAGAUGGUUUGAACUCCCCAAUUGCUUCAUAUUCCACAAUGCUAACGCCUGGGAAGAGGGUGACGAAGUUAUUCUGAUUACAUGUCGUCUCAACAACCUAGAUUUGGACCAAGUGAAUGGUCACCAAAGUGACAAGCUUGAGGAUCCCGGGAAUGAGUUGUACGAGAUGAGAUUCAACAUGAAAACAGGUGCUGCUUCGCAGAAACAACUAUCAGUAUCUGCCAUAGACUUUCCUCGGAUCAAUGAGAGUUAUACUGGCAGAAAGCAGCGGUACGUCUACUGCACGAUACUUGAGAGCACAGUGAAGGUGACUGGCAUCUUAAAAAUGAUUGGCAUCAUAAAAUUUGACCUACAUGCGGAGCCAGAGAGCGACAAGGAGCAGCUUGAAGUUGGGGGGAAUGUGAGGGGCAUAUAUGACCUGGGGCCUGGUAGGUUUUGUUCGGAGGCGGUCUUCGUGCCCAAGGAGCCUGGUGUUUUAGGGGAAGAAGAUGAUGGGUACUUGAUAUUCUUUGUGCACGAUGAAAACACAGGGAAAUCUGAAAUAAAUGUGAUUGAUGCCAAGACGAUGUGUGCUGAUCCAGUGGCGGUUGUUGAGCUGCCGAGCCGGGUUCCUUACGGAUUCCAUGCCUUCUUUGUCAAUGAGGAACAACUAGGACAUCAAGUAGAGCGGUGA